AUGGUGAAAACACCUGGAAAUGACGCAUUUUCUAAGAAGAUUCAAACUCUAAACACCCAUAAUGGUUCAACUAAGCCCAGGUUAGACCAUGGGUCGAAAAAGUCAAUGCUUGUGAAUCCAGUAAGUGCAGUCAUUCAAGAAAAAACAGAUAAAAGUCGCAGAGUGAUAGACAAUGUUCGAAGUUUAAAAACAGGUAAUGUUUCAACAAAGACCGGAGUUCACCAUGGUUCUACAAAGUCAGAGCCUACGAGUCCCAAAGGUCAAGUUGUUCAAGAAAAACAUAAAAAAAGUAAUACUGUGUUCAAAAAUGGUCAAAGUAAAGAGCAGAUGUUUCCCAAGUCAAAGAAAGACGAAACUCAUGGAAGUACAAGUCAAAACAAUGGUAGAGUAGCAGCUUCAGAAUCCAAGGAAACAGAAAACCUAAAACGGUUAGGGAAGUUAGCAAAAGAAAAUGAUGAUGUUUCGCCUAAAAAGCUCAAAUUUAAGCAAGGAAAGAUUAUCGACCCGCAAGAUGAGAGUAAUGGUUCAAGAAAACUAGAGUUUGAGGAAGGAAAACGAUUAGAUGAAAACCCAGUUUGUCAAGAAGAUGGUAUAAGUUUAAGGAGAUUGUCUUCAGAUGGUGAGUUAUAUACCGCAGAAGAUAACUCGGUAACUGUUUCUCUAAAACCAUGUGAUUUGGAAGCAAAGAAACGUCAUAUUCGUGCAAAUAAUGUUAUUAAAGAGACUGCUAGCAAGCUUAUACAAACUAGGAAAAGCAAAGUCAAAGCUCUUGUUGGUGCUUUUGAAAUGAUCUCAGGAAACAAUUUAUGA